AUAUCGAGGGACCAUUUAAAAAUAUAAUAAGUCGGCAAACACUUUGCAACGUCUCUACCACCGCCCCGAAAUCUUAUCUCUUAAAAAUUUUCUUCUCUCUCGUCUCGUUUCUCUCUGGUCUAGUUUUUCUUUUGCUCAGGUCCUAGACUUCUCCGAUUUAGGGUUUCUUCAUCGAACUUCUUGGAACCCUUGUUUCGGAUCAGAUCUGCAGCCAAAGCAAAGAGAAGCUACCGUUUGCGUUACUAUACAACAACCAAGGUUCAUGUCUGAACUCGACACCCAAAUUCCUUCUGCCUUCGAUCCAUUCGCUGAUGCAAAUGCUGAGGAUUCAAGUGCUGGGACAAAAGAGUACGUUCACGUGCGGAUUCAGCAGAGGAAUGGUAGAAAAAGCUUGACAACUGUGCAAGGCUUGAAAAAGGAAUUUAGCUACAACAAGAUUCUCAAAGACCUCAAGAAGGAAUUCUGCUGCAAUGGGACUGUUGUCCAAGACCCAGAGUUAGGCCAAGUCAUUCAACUCCAAGGUGAUCAACGCAAGAAUGUAUCAACCUUCCUAGUGACGGCUGGGAUUGUGAAAAAAGAAAGCAUCAAAAUUCAUGGUUUCUGAGCUGCCACAAUUUGGUCAGCUACUGGCAGUUUGGGUUAUAUAGUACAGUGCUGCAGAUCCAAACGGACACUUCAAAACUCUUUUCAUUUGCUGCUUCUGUUGUUGCUUCUUACCAUUAAGAUAGAUCGCAUAUAAACUAGUGGUCGUGUGGUUCUUUCUUUCUUUCUUUCUGUUUUUUUUUUUUUUUUAAGUUUCUGUUGCUUGUGUAAUGUGGGAGGAUAAUGGGAUGCUCCGAAGUCUUAUUAAAUAUUAUCCAAAAUAAGAAGACCUUCUUGUUUAUUCUCUCU